GUCAGUUUUACUCCAUUAAAAAAAAACUUUCUCAGAAUGCCACUGUAAUGAUGACAGAGACCACGCCUUCCUUCGACUCUGAUUGGGUCAUAUUCACCAGCUGGUUUUCUCCAUUGGAUAGUGCACAUCCAUUGAAUCCCUCCUCCUUCACCUUUGUCAAGUUCUGCACUUUCAUUGAAACGUCUUGUUGUUUCCCAGGCGAGGAAAUAAGUUCACAGGCUUUAUUUGAGCUUUGGAAGACGAGAAAGCACCACCAGAAGAUAAAAGCCGAGAAGUUAUCUUUGGAUUUCCCUGGAAGUCGAGUGGGACCCGCCAAAAAUUGACGGGGGAAGUACACAUUUUAGAGCAGUGAGCCAUCGAAUAAAAAAAAGGCUGCAGUAGCAACCGAGUUAGAAGCGUGCAACAUUGUUGCAGUGAGGUUGGGACUGCGCCGACAAGGGAAUAGCACACUGCAAUGCUUAACUGGAAACCAUUUUAUCAGACUUUUCUAUUGUAAAGUUCUCAAAUUCUAAUUAAAUCUCUGGUGUUUAACGGGAAUACAAAAAAUAUUUUUGAAAAAAGGAUACAAAAAUAAAAUAAAAAAAUAUGCCGGACCAAAUUACAGUUUCGGAGUUCGUGGCGGAGACAAAUGAAGAUUACAAAGCGCCGACGGCUUCAAACUUCACCACCAGAAUGUCCCACUGUAGGAAUACCGUGACUGCUUUGGAGGAGGCGCUGGAUGUGGACCGCAGCGUGCUGUACAAGAUGAAGAAGUCCGUCAAGGCCAUCUACACCUCGGGUCUGGCCCAUGUGGAGAAUGAGGAGCAGUACACCCAGGCUCUGGAGAAGUUUGGGGAGAACUGUGUCUACAGGGACGACCCCGACCUGGGUUCUGCCUUCCUCAAGUUCUCGGUCUUCACCAAGGAGCUCACCGCCCUCUUCAAAAACCUGUUCCAGAACAUGAACAACAUCAUCACCUUCCCUCUGGACAGCCUGCUGAAAGGAGACCUGAAAGGAGUCAAAGGGGACCUGAAAAAGCCAUUUGAUAAGUCCUGGAAAGACUAUGAAACAAAAGUCACUAAGAUCGAGAAGGAGAAGAAGGAGCACGCGCGGCAGCACGGCAUGAUCCGCACGGAGAUCAGCGGGGCGGAGAUCGCAGAGGAGAUGGAGAAGGAGAGGAGGUUCUUCCAGCUGCAGAUGUGUGAGUAUCUUCUCAAAGUGAAUGAGAUCAAGAUCAAGAAAGGGGUGGACCUACUCCAGAAUCUCAUCAAAUAUUUCCACGCACAGUGCAAUUUUUUUCAGGACGGGCUGAAAGCAGUAGACAACCUCAAACCAUCCAUAGAGAAACUAGCCACAGACUUACACACGAUAAAGCAGGCCCAGGACGAGGAGAGGAAGCAGCUCACUCAGCUACGGGACGUCCUCAAGUCAGCGCUGCAGGUGGAGCAGAAGGAGGAUUCCCAGGUGCGACAGAGCGCUACCUACAGUUUGCACCAGCCGCAGGGAAACAAGGAGCACGGUACUGAGCGCUGUGGGAACCUCUACAAGAAGAGUGACGGGAUAAGGAAAGUGUGGCAGAAGCGAAAGUGUUCAGUGAAGAAUGGAUACCUCACCAUAUCACAUGGGACGGCGAACCGACCGCCGGCCAAACUCAACCUCCUCACCUGUCAGGUGAAACAUAACCCAGAAGAGAAGAAGAGCUUUGACCUCAUCUCACAUGACAGAACCUAUCACUUUCAGGCCGAGGACGACCCAGAAUGUCAGAUAUGGAUCUCUGUGCUGCAGAACAGCAAGGAGGAAGCGCUGAAUAAUGCCUUUAAGGGGGACCAGCACGUUGGAGAGAACAACAUAGUCCAGGAACUGACCAAGGCCAUCCUGGGAGAGGUCAAGAGGAUGACCGGCAACGACAUCUGCUGCGACUGCGGCGCUCCCAACCCUACCUGGCUCUCCACUAACCUGGGCAUCCUGACCUGUAUUGAGUGUUCUGGGAUCCACAGGGAGCUGGGAGUCCAUUACUCUAGGAUCCAGUCCCUCACACUGGAUGUCCUCAGCACCUCUGAACUCUUGCUGGCCAAGAACGUGGGGAAUGCAGGCUUUAACGACAUCAUGGAGGCGUGUCUAUCUGCAGAAGAUGUGGUCAAACCCAACCCUGCCAGUGACAUGCAAGCCCGUAAGGACUUCAUCACAGCCAAGUACACCGAGAAGCGUUUCGCCAGGAGGAAGUGUCCAGACGGGGUGUCCAAGCUGCACACCCUGUGUGACGCGGUCAAGGCCCGGGACAUCUUCUCUCUGAUCCAGGUGUACGCUGAGGGAGUUGACCUGAUGGAGCCCAUCCCCCUGGCCAAUGGACAUGAACAAGGAGAGACGGCCCUUCACCUAGCGGUCAGACUAGUGGACAGGACCUCGCUCCAUAUCGUCGACUUCCUCACUCAAAACAGUGUGAACCUGGACAAGCAGACAACCAAAGGCAGCACGGCCCUCCACUACUGCUGCCUGACUGACAACAUGGAGUGUUUGAAACUGCUGCUGCGGGGCAAGGCAUCCAUAGACAUUGCGAAUGAGUCUGGGGAGACGCCGCUGGACAUCGCUAAGAGACUGAAGCACCUGCAGUGUGAGGAGCUGCUGAACACGGCGUUGGCGGGGAAGUUCAACGUCCACGUGCACGUAGAGUACGAGUGGCGUCUGCACCAUGAAGACAUGGACGAGAGUGACGAGGACCUGGAUGAGAAGGUGAGGCCCAGCCCCCACCGGCGAGAGGAACGCCCGGUCAGCUGCUACACCCCUGGCUCCAACUCCCACCGCCAGCCCAGCCCUGCUGCCUUGGCACGCGAUGCUGCCAGCCUGGCCAAGGACAAGCAGCGUGGUGGGUACAUGCCCAACCUGGUCAACAACGAGACCUACGGCACCAUCCUCGACGCCAGCCCCCCCGUGCCCGGGGGGCCCACCCCCACAUCUGCUCCCCCUCUUCCCCCACGAAACAUAGUCCAGUCAUCAGGGUCCUCUGGGUGGAAGCCUGGCUCUAUAGACCUGGGGGUCCGACAGAGGUCCUCCUCAGACCCCCCCAAUAUCCACCCCCCCGUACCCCCCAUGAGGGUCACCUCAACCACGGGUCUUGCUCCUCCGCCUGUGGCCAAGACAGUGAGUAUGAUGGAGGCGAUGAACCAGCAGUCAAAACCGGGGACCGGACAGGGCCACAACAGAGCCCCAACACCUAAGUCUCCUUCUGGCAACGACAAAAGCUUCAGCAAAGGACCGACUCGAACUGGGUCCAUCGAAAGACCAGCUAAAGAAGUGCCGGGAUAUCCCCACAACUCAGUAGGUCAAUCGCUGCCUCCCGCCCCCAUGCCUAGGAAGACCUAUCCGCAGAGGCCCAAGCGGGUGAAGGCCAUCUACAACUGUAUGGCGGACAAUGCAGACGAGCUGACCUUCUCUGAGGGGGAGGUGAUCGUGGUGGAUGGGGAGGAGGACCAGGAGUGGUGGCUGGGCCACAUCGAAGGAGAACCUAUGAGGAGGGGGGUUUUCCCUGUCACAUUUGUACACUUCAUCAUGGACUGAAGGUCAAAGGUCACCAGAGGUCAACACAGGACCUGGAAUGGAAACCAUGGAAAUGCCCUCCACAUUCCCACAUUUCUGUGGCAAAAUUAUCUUUGUCAUCAGCAAAGCUUGUGCCUGCACCGACACUAAAGAAGAGUGAAGUGUCGCUGCCCAAUGCUUUGGCUAUACAGUCUGUUGCCGUGACAACAGAUACACCCUUUACUCCAGGAAUGUCAUGUGAUGUCAUAUCACUCUUUUUAGGCCAAGCCUGCAAAGGCUUGUGGGGAAACUGUGUUUUGACUUCUGAUACCAUCUGACAUAAAAAAAAACAAUGAUUGUAGUAGAUAACCUCUCGCAAUAAAAUGCACUUUCUGCUUAUUUA